CACCUCUCGCCACGGAUGACCUCCCCCGUGGUCGAACUGCUUCGCAGGGAUAAAUAUACACUUGGCGUCGGCCACGAGGCUUUUAGCAACGGCAGAACGAAACUGCCGCUCCUCAACAACAAUCAUCGCCGCGUCUCAUUGCCCAGAAUCGUGAGAUCGGAGCGCGCCUGCUGCUCGAUCGACGCCAACAAACAGAGAAAUUUGGUUCGCCCGUUUAAGGGGAUGAAAAGAUCGAUAACGAUGCAUUCUUGGAUUCUUUUCGGUUUAUUCUCCUUGGUUCACGGUCAAUUGGAUAUACCGUCCCUGAAUGAAAAUCCUCGCGGCAAUUUUGGCAGACGGCCUCCACCUACGGAGGGUGAGUUGCAAGAUAUUUUAGCCAGGUUGGACUUCCUUGGUACCGAGAGAUGCAGCGCAAAUGUAGCUGCGCAAUGGUCCUACGAAACGGACGUGAACGAAUACACGCAGAUACAGGCGCUCGAAGCUCAGAGAAUAUACGCAGACUUUCAGAAUCAGGCUUGGUUCCUGAUUUCGAGGAUCGAUAAAAAUAAUAUCAGGGAUCCUGCGAUCAGAAGACGUCUCAGAUAUUUGUCCGCGGUUGGUCCAUCGGCUCUUCCACCGGAUCAAUUGGACAGGUACAAUCGCGUGAUCAACGAUAUGCUGGCAGUGUACAACGAGGCUACCAUUUGCGCGUACAACGAUCCCUUCCGGUGCGGGCUGCGGUUGUAUCCAGAUAUAUCGCAGAUCAUGGCGAAAAGUCGCAACUGGGACGAGUUGCAGUAUGUUUGGACGGAAUGGAGAAGACGUAGCGGCAUGAGGAUCAAGGAUCUAUAUCAACAACUCGUCACGUUGAACAAUGAGGCAGCCAAACUAAACAAUUUCACCGACGCGGCAGAAUAUUGGAUGUUCCCUUAUGAAUCUCCAAAUCUGCAACAAGAUAUCGAUGAGGUUUGGGAAAUGAUACGUCCGCUUUACGAAGAAUUGCACGCGUAUAUCCGAAGGAAAUUAAGAGACUUGUACGGACCCGAGAAGAUCGGCACUCACGCUCUCCUUCCAGCUCAUAUUCUUGGGAAUAUUUGGGCUCAAUCGUGGACUAACAUUAUCGAUAUCACGAUUCCAUAUCCGGGAAAAAAUAACCUAGAUGUGACGCAGGAAAUGCAGGCUCAAGGUUACACACCUAUCGAGAUGUUCAGAAUCGCCGAGGAAUUUUACUUAUCUUUGAACCUGAGCGCCAUGCCACCGGAAUUCUGGGCCGGAAGUAUAAUCGUCGACCCUGGAGAUCGACCUUUGAUUUGCCAGGCUUCCGCUUGGGACUUCUGCAACCGUCUAGAUUACAGAAUCAAGAUGUGCACCAAAGUCACCAUGAAGGAUUUGAUCACCGUGCAUCACGAGAUGGCUCAUAUCGAAUAUUUCUUACGAUACAGCGGAUUGACUCGUGAAUUCAGGGACGGUGCCAAUCCAGGAUUCCACGAAGCCGUGGGUGAAGCCGUGGCCCUUAGCGUCUCCACUCCUCGCCAUCUUCAGACUCUAAGUUUGGGUAACAAGUACAUCGACGAGUCUACGACGGAUAUCAACUACCUGUUCACUCUUGCCAUGGACAAAUUGGUGAUGUUGCCGUUCAGCAUCGUGAUGGACAGGUGGCGGUGGGACGUGUUCCGUGGUUACGUAACCAGGGAAGACUACAACUGUCAUUGGCACAGGUUGAUGGAGCAAUACGCCGGUAUCAAGCCCCCUGUUUUGAGAUCGGAGGACGAUUUCGAUCCUGGCGCCAAAUAUCACAUUCCUGCGAAUAUCCCAUACAUCCGGAAUUUCGUGGCAGGGGUUCUCCAGUUCCAACUGUAUCGCGCGCUGUGUCAGGCCGCUGGACAAAGGAGCGUGGACGAUUUUAGGAGGCCUCUGCACAGGUGCGACUUUUACAGGAGCCCGGAAGCUGGAAGAAUUUUAGGAAAAAUCAUGGAGAGGGGCUCCUCGGUGCCUUGGCAGGAGACGCUUGGGGAAGCCAUCGGCGAGGACAAAUUGGACGCGACUGCCCUCAGAGAAUACUUCAGGCCCCUCGAAGAUUGGCUGAGAACGGAAAACUUGAGGACCGGUGACGUGGUCGGAUGGUCUUACGACGGAGAUUACUGCAAGCGCAGCAUCGAGACCGCCGGCCUCCAGGUCUAUGGAAGCGGAUUCUACAACGGCGGCGUUUCGAUCACCACCGCGAAAGCUACUUUGCCAGCGAUUUUUUCCAUCCUGUUCACAAUUUUGCUACUUUGUUAAGGAUGAAAUCUGUGGAACGGUGAAGAGAUCAAGAGAUCGAUAUAUUUUUUUCUUCUUCUCCGGAGGAUAUCCGGGCAAGAACGAUCGAUACUUUUAUACAGGAGCAACCAGAAACCAAACAGAACGCCAAAAUACUUGUUAGGAUCCUUGUUAAAUAUUGUAAAAUAUAAUAAAUAGAUCACGCGAUUUUUAGGCGAAUGUUCCUCGUUCGAAAAGAGAUAUAUUUAUAUAUUACAAUUGUAGAGACAAUGUAAUCGAUCAUCGGACAAAAUGCUUUUUCCAUGAAAAGGCAAAAAAAUUUGUUCGAAAAAAGAGUAAACGAUUUUUUGUGCAUCGAUAAAGAGUUUCAGAAUCAUCUCAAAUUUUUCUCAAAGCUUGAGAACAAGAAAGAAUCAGAGUGCAAUUGCUCGUAGAAAUGUGAAUCAAACGAAAUUUCGGCGAAAUGUUAUAAUUGUUAUUACUGCAAGUAUCCAUUAUUUAACCGCGAUUCAUAAGGUGGGAAUAGCACGCGUGCAAUUAAGCUCACGUGCGAGCAUAAAUCGUUUCAGCGCGUCGAAAGGGUCGCUCUCGUGUCGCAUACCUUGAAAAGCGACACGACCUCUCCUCGUUUAAUAAAGGCAAAGAGAUUUACAUCCUUCGUCGUUAAAACGGUCCCGCUAUGCCUUCGAGACAGAUACGAGUUGAUGCUAUUUUUAGCUCUGAAAGCUCGAGCUAACAGCUUGAGCUUGACAACACGUUUGGUUGUAAAUACGUAAAUUAGUUUAUUAUACUCGGGUAUCAAACACAAAUGGAAGUCAUUCGAAAUGAUCGAGAAACACGAGAUUGUUGUUGCGUUGUUAUAUUGUUCGAAAAGAAUAAUUUCGAUAAACUUGGAAUAUUUUUUUAUAGAUCCCGUGUCUUCUUUCUUAAAUCGUAAUAAAAUUUUGUAAUUCAUCGAAUCACAUUUUUCUCAAAUCAUCUCGAAUGUGAUUUCAGAGCGUGAAGAAGGGAGGAUAUCUCUAAAAGUAAUAUUAAAAUGACAACAAUGUUCGUUUGCUAUUAGAUUCGAUAAUAAAUCUUCGGAUACUAGAAGAACCUCCGCUGGAUAUCGAAAUGGAGAUCGAAUUAACGAAGAAAUAAAUAAACUCGUUUCCGUAAUUACAUUUGUAAACUACAUUAAAGAUAAUUCCACUAUACUACAAUCACUGUCGUGAUUGAUAAGCUUUUUUUUUUUAACGAUCGCGCGAUUUAUCGCAUUACAAUUUUCAAUGAGUCUAAAAAAAAAUUUAUAUUAUUAUUAUCCGUUUACAGUGUUAGUAUGUGCGUUUUACAUCGAUCGUCGAACGAAUCCCUUAUGCGAAUACGCGGAUAUCAUUUGAAUAUUUUCUUUUUUUAUUUAAUAAUUUGAAAGGUCGAUUUAAAAUUAUAAGAAGUUUAGAAAUUCGAUGGAAUUUUAUUGGUGAAAAAUUAUGAAAGUAUCGACGGUAAGGGUUAAGGCGAAUUAUUUUUACAACAUUCUUAAGAGAGAGAGAGAGAGAGAGUAUAAAUAAUAAGAGAGAAUGUAAACACAAAACUAUUAAAAUAAGCUUUAAAUAAAUUUUUAGCACCGAGUUAUUUACAGAUUCAUAAGGGAUGUUGCAAGCCGAACAAGUUCGAAAUAUCACGCACGAAGAAA